GGGCGCUGCCCGCUGCCCCGCGCCGCUCCGCUCUAUGAGGUCAUAGGGCGCGCGGCGGGGCAGGGCUCACCAUGUCGAUGCUCCCGACUUUUGGCUUCACCCAAGAGCAAGUGGCCUGCGUCUGCGAGGUGCUCCAGCAAGGCGGCAACAUCGAGCGGCUGGGACGGUUCCUCUGGUCCCUCCCUGCCUGCGAGCACCUCCACAAGAACGAGAGCGUCCUGAAGGCCAAGGCGGUGGUGGCUUUCCACCGGGGCAACUUCCGCGAGCUCUACAAGAUCCUGGAGAGCCACCAGUUCUCGGCGCACAACCACCCCAAGCUGCAGCAGCUCUGGCUGAAGGCGCACUACAUCGAGGCGGAGAAGCUCCGGGGGCGACCCCUAGGGGCGGUGGGCAAGUACCGGGUGCGCCGCAAGUUCCCGCUGCCCCGCUCCAUCUGGGACGGCGAGGAGACAAGCUACUGCUUCAAGGAGAAGAGCCGCAGCGUCCUCCGCGAGUGGUACGCCCACAACCCCUACCCGUCCCCACGCGAGAAGCGGGAGCUGGCCGAGGCCACCGGCCUCACUACCACCCAGGUCAGCAACUGGUUCAAGAACCGCCGGCAGCGGGACCGCGCCGCCGAGGCCAAGGAAAGGGAAAACAACGAGAAUUCCAACUCCAACAGCCACAACCCGCUUUCGGCGUCAAUGAACGGGAAUAAGACAGUUUUGGGGAGCUCAGAGGACGAGAAGACGCCGUCAGGGACCCCGGAUCACACUUCCUCCAGCCCCGCGUUGCUGCUUAGCUCCAAUCCCGGGCUGCAACCCCUGCACGGCCUGGGCCACCCCCAGGGCCCCAGCGCCAUCCCCGUGCCCAGCGCCGACCCCAUGCACCACCACAGCUUGCAGGACUCCAUCCUCAACCCCAUGUCAUCUAACCUGGUAGAUCUGGGCUCUUAAAACAGUGUACACGCUCCCUCCUUGGCACCAGCCCUCCUUUACUCUAUUUUUUUUUCUUUCCUUUUUUUUCCUCCCCCCUUAAUCUUACCAGAGACUUUGAAAGAGAUGACAAAUACCUUAGUGUAUGUGUUGUGCCCUUUGGCAGAAGGCUGGCUGCAGGUUUGCAAGGUAGCAGACUCAACUGUGGGCAGUGAUGUUGUGAAAAGCCUUAAGAGUUGUUUACAGGGGGGCUCAGGCGUGUAAUGACUAUUGGACAGGAGCAGUGAUUUUCACGGCAGGCUGUAAGGGGGAUCGGUUUAACAGCUCUUUCCAGCCUUAAUUUCACGAAUCUCUCAGUGGUGUCACUCGAUCGGGCCGGUCUGUGUGGGAAGAGGCACAUUGUAAUAUUUUUUUUCGGGGUGUGGGGAGGAAAGUGGAACGCAAGGCUGCUGUUGCCAUGCCUAUUUGGAAGUUACACAUCUCUCCCGUUAUUCUAUUGUAGCUAUGUAUCCGUGGCAGGUGUAUGAUGUACAAUUUCAACUAAGAAUACAAAAGUUGUAGACAAGUUAUAGCAGCAACACGCGCUCUAGGCAGACUCUGUAACCUUCUUGUAGCUGAUGCUAUGCAGAGAGACAGCUUCUUUGGCCUUAUCCAUGUGGUGCUUUAGCCAUUUGCUGUGUGGAAAAGGAAACGGUGGCCCGGCUCUGGCCCGGAGGAAAGCAGAGACACAAUUCCCCCCUCUGUGUGCAACGUGGGCAGGAGCUGGCUUUAAAAAGAAAAGAGGAAUUGCUGCUCAAUUUUAGACCUAAAAGACAGUAUCAACCACAAGUCACUCACCUUAGUUUUGUUUCUUGUUUAUAUUAUGUGAAUACAUUCUUUGGAAAAUAUUUCUGCUUUUAUUUUAUAAUAAAAAUUAGAAAUC